AUGGAUCCUCUUCCUAAAGUCUUUCAUGAUAGAGAAAAGAAUGGACUUAAGCUAACGAUCAACGGAAACCCCAAGCUUUGUGCUGAUGCGUCAUGCAAAAAGAACAAUCAAAAGUACGUUUUACCAGUUAUUACAUCGACAGCAUCUGUGCUCGUCAUUAUAGCUGUGCUAAUUCUCAUUCUUGUUUUCAAAAAGAAAAAGUCAACGCAAGUUCAACACGAAUUACCAAAUGGAAGGUCCAUAAAUAGGCAGACCAAAAGGUUCACUUAUUCAGAGGUAGUAGCCUUCACAGACAAUUUUGAAAGAGUUCUUGGAGAAGGAGGGUUCGGAAUAGUGCAUCAUGGUUCUUUGAAUGGUACACAACCGAUAGCUGUUAAACUACUUUCUCAAUCAUCAGUACAAGGCUAUAAGGAAUUCAAAGCAGAGGUGGAACUUCUUUUGAGAGUUCACCAUGUUAAUUUGGUAAGUCUGGUAGGAUAUUGUGACGAAGAAGGGCACUUGGCUCUCAUUUAUGAGUAUGCCCCCAAUGGAGACUUAAAACAACAUCUCUCUGGUGAACGUGGUGGCUCACCUCUAAAAUGGUCAAGUCGACUAAAAAUUGCCAUCGAAACCGCACAAGGAUUGGAGUAUUUGCAUACGGGUUGCAAGCCUCCAAUGGUACAUCGUGAUGUCAAAACAACAAAUAUACUUUUGGAUGAGCACUUCCACGCAAAGCUUGCAGAUUUUGGUCUUUCGAGAUCUUUUCCAAUUGGAGGUGAAGCUCAUGUGUCAACAGCAGUUGCUGGUACUCCUGGAUAUCUUGAUCCCGAAUAUUAUCGAACAAAUAGGUUGAAUGAGAAAAGUGAUGUUUAUAGUUUUGGUAUUGUACUAUUGGAGACUAUCACAAGUCGACCUGUCAUUCAACAAACCCGAGAAAGAUCACAUAUAGCAGCAUGGGUGGGAUACAUGCUUACGAAGGGAGAUAUUGAAAAUGUUGUGGAUCCAAGGCUCAAUAGAGAGUAUGAGCCCACUUCUGUCUGGAAGGCUCUUGAGAUAGCAAUUUCAUGUGUGAAUCCUUCUUCUGAAAAACGACCAAACAUGUCUCAAGUUAUUAAUGAAUUAAAGGAGUGUCUUACGUUAGAGAACUCAAGACAAGGAGGAAGACCUGAGCAUGAGCUUUACCACUGA